AGUUUCAGAAGGUGUGGGAGUCUCGGGCGGGGAGGAAGGCGGAGUGGCAGACGCAGAGAUGAUGGAGGAGGGUGUCUACGGCGGCGGCAAGGCUGGGGCGCCCUUUGACCCUCUCACCUUCCUCCAGCGGCCGCAGGUCAUACUCAGGGCCGUCACAUGGCUGUUUUCUGUCGUCAUCUUUGGAUGUAUCUCCUCACAAGGUUGGAUCAAAGACAAAACAGGAACUGCCCUUUGCCUCUACAAUGACGAUAGCAAUGCCUGUAACUAUGGUGUUGGGAUUUCUGUCAUUGCCUUCCUUGCAUCUAUUGGGUUUAUUGUUGGCGAAUAUUUCUUCGAGCAGAUGUCAUCAGUCAAGACAAGGAAACGUUAUGUCAUGGCAGAUAUGGGGUUCUCCGCUCUUUGGUCUUUCCUGUACUUCAUUGGCUUCUGUUAUUUGACUAACCAGUGGAGUAAUGCUAGAACUCCUCUAUAUGGGGUCAACAACAUGCAAGCAGCCAUUGCCUUCAGCUUCUUUUCAAUCUUCCCCUGGGUAAGAUAUCACAUACUUCCAAGCAUGAGUACUUGAGUAAGUCUUAAUAUA